AUGGGGGAUAGGCGAGGUAAGCCGAUUGGCCAGAGGAGUUUGCCAGGGGGUGAGCCCGGCGACCGAGUUAUCGGGUGCGGGGUGAGGAGUCAGGGGCCUCCAGCUUUCGCCGGUACCAGCUUCUCCCUGCUUGGUUCGUAUGCUCCUAGGCAGCGUUCAUCUCAAAUCUCUGAAUUCCUCAAUUUCUCAGGAACGGAAGCCAUCUAA